UGUCCACGUCCGACCCGUUUCAGGCCAUCUCUCUCUCUCUCUCUCUCUCUCUCUCUCUCUCUCUCUCUCUGUUUUAUUAACUUCUCUCCUCGUCUCUCCAUUUUUCUUCACUGAAUUCCAUUUAUUUAAACCUAAAAAUUCUGAACUUGAUUUUUGUUGAGUAGCUUAAUCAUCCGCCAUAAAUGAGGUACGUGAAUCCGUUGCGGUUGUUUCAAGACUUGCUCAAGACGGACGGCUUCGAACGUGGUCGUUUGCUCGGCCUCGACGUUGGCAGUAAGUACAUUGGCUUGGCCGUUUCCGACAUCAACAACAAGGUUGCUUCGCCUUUAAGUGUUUUACUAAGGAAGAAAUCCAACAUUGAGGUGAUGGCUGAUGAUUUUCAGACUUUGAUAUCUGAACUUUCUUUGGAGGGCUUUGUUGUAGGACUUCCUUUUGACAGACAACGGACUAAUGAUAACGCUAUGAUGGUGAAGCUCUUUGUAGAUGAACUUUACAAAACAGACAAACUUCAAGGUGUAAGAUAUACCUACUGGGACGAGCGCUUUACAUCAAAGAAUGUAGAAUUGCUGUUACAACCUUUGAAUCUGAAUCCGGUUCAGUCGAAGACUAUUGUCGACAAGUUUGCUGCUGUUGGCAUUCUGCAGGAAUACCUGGAUUAUGUGAACAGGAAGCUCAGUAAAUGAAAAAUGCCUCCAAAUGGGUAUAUCAAGUUCGAAGAAUCAGCAGGAUAACAAAGCUUAGCAAUUUGCAGGGCUAGUAAUUUGCUUGACUAAUAUGGGAUCUCAAAGUGUUCUCUUAGCUCAAAUUUCGCGUCACAUUUCGGAUUCCGACAAGCAUGCAGAAAUAUGAUGGAACCAUGUAUAUACAGAUUUAUAAUAAAGACUUAAUUGACGUUUUGGCAGGAAAAGUGGAUGAAUGCGAUUUUUAUGAUCCAUGCUAAGUCGCUUGGUUUCCUCUUCUUAUCCCACCUCAGCCAAAAAAGAAAAAAAAAAUUAUGUUAUAAACUUUGCAAUGCUAUAAAUAUUCCCGUUUGGGAUUUUAAUCAAGAGUUGUUAUUGU